CUGUUUUGCGGUCUGUAGCAACACUGACACUAGCUGUUGGUGGUGCAAACUGUGCUUUGUGGCAGGGACAAAGUGACACCACCAGGAUUUUUCUUCUGUAUUACUGUAAUCUAUUUCCCCCCUACAGGACUGUCUGCUGGGAAUGUGUGUGGGGACUUGUGCUCGGAUCCUGGGUCCAGGCCUCCUGAUUUUGGGCCUGCUCUCCAUCACUGCCAGCCUUUUCCUACUCUUCCCCAACUGGGAAAGCCGUUACUUAAACAUGGGCCUUAUCACUAAGAAGGCAAUGCUCAUGCCAGGACUGUGGGGAGGAGGUAUGUUGGUUUUCCCCGCUGCAAUACAGAUCACAAGCAUUGGAUGGAGGUGGCGCUGCUCUAGCAGCUCUGGGAAUUGUCAGAAGAUGUUUCUCUCCAUUGUGUUAUCAGGACUGGCCUUGCUGGGGUCAGCUGCUUGCUUUAUUAUAUCUGGUGUGGGCUUGACAGAGGGACCUCUCUGUCUCUAUGUUUUUACUAACAAUCAAAGGAAGAUGAAGCAGUGGGGUUACCCAUUCAUCAACAUGGACAUUGAGACUUUCAACAGUGGGGCUCAGAAUUACUUGUACAACCCCUCCCUUUGGAACUCUGUUUGCAUCGAGCCACAGAAUGUUGUGGGCUGGAAUGUCUAUUUCUUCUCUGCCCUCCUCAUCAUCAACAUGGUAGAGAUGGUCCUGUCUGCCAUCCUUAUCCUCAAUAGCUUUUUUGGAUGUGUCUGUGGUUUAUGUGAAAAGAAAUAGUCUCAGUGCAUAUCUCAUUCUUGUAUUGUCUGUGAUGAAGAGGCAUCGCUUUCCAGAUAGUAACCAACCCACCCUUCAAUGAAUCGUAUACUUCAUUGUCUUCCUGUCUUAACUGGGAAUGUAUGGC